AUGCUUGAAGAUCAAAAUUCAACAAUUGAAAUAACAGAUUUACAACCUGAAACUGUUCGUGCUUUACUUGAAUAUAUUUAUACAUCAAAUGUUGAAGAAAUUGAUGAACAUAAUGCUGUAGAAAUUUUUAAAGCAGCUGAUAAAUAUGAAUUAGAAUUUUUAAAACAAAAAGCUGAAUUAAUAAUGAUGAAUUCACUAUCUGUAUCAAAUUGUACAAUGCUUUAUAUAGUUGCCGAUUUACAUAAUGCAAAUGAAUUAAAAAAACGUGUUUUAAAUUUUAUUAUGCGUAAUAUACUUGAAGUAACUGAAAGUGAUGAUUGGCGUUUAUUAGUUGAACAACAUCCUGCAUUGGCGACAGAAGCAUUUGUUUAUUCAGCUGAACAUGCUGCUUCAUGCGCUUGCUCUUCUUAA